AUGACCAAUCGCAAUCAUCUACGCUCUCACAAUAAGUCGUCAGUAUCCGCGGUUCGUGAAGCCGCCGCUGCUGACGCAGAAGCCGCUAAAGCUCUAGCGGAUUACGAAGAUGCGAAGAAGGUUCUCGAAGGAAAAAGGAUGGACGCGGAGGGAAUAAGCGCGGAAGCUUCUAAAGUGCGCAGCCAGGCGGACGAAAUGGCGCUCAAUCGCGCCCUCAUGACCACGGACGUCGCGGAACUAGCGGAGCGGGCGCGAAAACGCUCCGCGGACCUGAAGCGCGCGUCAGAGGUCGCGGAAAAAGCUGGAGCAUUAGCGGCAGGCAAGCGGAAGGUGGCGGAUGAAGCUUCCGCCGCAGUCGGGGAAGCAGCGCGGUUGGCGGAAGCCGCCCGCACGGCGGGGGCGCAGCUAGCGCUCGAGAGGACGAAAUUUGAGCGCGCAGAAGCGGUGCGCGCAGCGGAGGAGGCGGAAACGGUGGCGGAAGAAGCCGCGGAGAACGCGGAGGAUGCGUGGGAAGCGUUUUCGCAGGAAGAAUUCGAUGUGGAAGUUUCCGUGGUGGACAUUGAAUCUGAGGAGACUUAUAUCGAGGAUUUAAAAACCGCAGCAGCACGCCUAGAGGAGGAAUAUCGGAAGAGUGUGACAGCAGUGGAGGUCGCUAAAGCGAAGGUGGAGGAACUGAAGGCUUUGGCAGAGGAGAAGGUUGCGCGGGCGAAGGCGAUGCGAGCUGCUUUGAGAAAAGGCGGGAAGAGCAACGGCCGAGAUGCAACGACAGCCACGCAAUAG